GGGAGGAAAUUAAAAAGAUCAUUCUUUCAUUACUACUACUCGUUUAGAUUGGACCUUGUGGCCGGCCGGGAGCUUCAUUACUCUCUCCUCUUAAAAUUCCUAAUGGCGCAGCAGCAGCAGGCUGCCUCCCAGAGCUUCGGAACAGCAGGACUACUCCAGGAACAAAGUUUGCCUCUUCUCAGUUCAUCAGCAGAACCGAUGGACGGUGGCAACGAAGUGAUUCUAGCGACGGGAUAUUCCAACAGAGUUCACGACACGACGAGGAACUUAAGGCGGCAAAAGGCGCACCUCCAGAUCGAGGUUCUCUCCGGCGGGAACCCCGAUUCGAUCAAAGAGCUCGUGAGCAGAAUCUCCAAGGACUUGGUCAACGAGAAAGACGAGAACGGGAACACGGCGCUCCACAAUGCCGCGUCGGUGGGGAAUAAGCCGGCGGUCGAAAUCCUGAUGAAUAGCAACCGAUCGUUGCUAAUGGAGAGAAAUAGCGACGACGACUCCCCGCUCCAUGUGGCGGCGGCUUUUGGGCGGCGAGACACUGUCAGCUUGCUUCUGUCGGAGAUCAGCCGCCGGCCAAAGGGAUCCGCGGCAGUGGACAGCGAGUCGGGAAGAUCAAUGGAGGAUCCGAACCGGUUGUUCGACGGUGAAUCUGGGGUCAAACUCGUCCAUCUCCUCAUUUCGGCCGAUUUAUACGAUGUUGCCUUGGACAUAUUAAAGCGCUACCCAUCCCUGGCAUGGGAAGAGAACGACAAGUGGAAGACACCAAUGGAGACUUUAGCACACAAGCCAGAGGCCUUCCGCAGUGGGACCGAAUUCGGCAUCUCCGACGCCAUCUUCUACCACUUCAUCCACGCUCCACGCGCCGGGAAAUACGAGAAGGGAGCGGACGAAGAGGAGUCGAGCAACUGGCAUUCGCGACCAAAAGAUUACGUGACGGCCUACCGCCACCACUUCCUCCAGAAGCGGCUCUACAACCAGAAGCUGCACCACACCCACGCCGUGGAGCUGCUCACGUUCCUGAUCGACCAGGCACUCGAUCUCGGCGGCCCGGAGGUGCUGAAGGUGCUGAAAUCCUCGACCCAGACGGCGGUCAGGCUGGGGAUCGUCGAGUUCGUGGAGGCGAUCCUGACGAAUUACCCCAGGGCGGUCCUCGAUUUCGACGGGAACGGGCACAGCUUGUUCCACCAGGCCGUCCUCCACCGGCAGCUGGAAGUGUUCGAGCUCCUGACGCGGAAGGUUUCGUUCCCACCGUGCGGCAGGUUUCUCGAGGACGGAGAGGGCAACAAUUUCUUGCAUUUAGCGGCGGAGAUCAGACCCGCCGACAAUGUCUGCGGGCCGGCUAUGCACAUUCAGCGCGAGUUGAAGUGGUUCAAGACGGCAGAAAAGAUCGUCGACAAAAGACAUCGCAACGCGAAGAACAACGCCGGCAAGACCCCGAGGGAAGUCUUCACCGAGCAGCACAAGGAGCUGGUCCAAGAGGGCGGCCAGUGGAUGAAAGAGAUCUCUUCCAACUGCGCCACCAUAGCCGCACUUAUAGUGACGGUCGCUUUCGCCGGCUGCUUCACGUUCCCCGGCGGCACCGACGAAUCGGGCCUGCCGAUCCUCUCCCGACACUCUCGAUUCCGCAGCUUCGUCUACACCAACGCCGUCGCCCUCGUGGCGUCGUCGAUCUCGCUGCUGAUGUUCCUGAAGAUGCUGAUGUCGCGGUGCCAGGAGGAGGAUUUCCUGGUGGCGCUGCCCAAGAUGCUGAUACAGAGCCUGCUCUGGCUCUACGUCGCCAUAGCCUGCAUCUUGCUGACGUUCGCGGCGUCGCUGUCGCUAAUGAUCUCGAAUUUCGAAGGGGCUUCUGGGUUGACUUGGUUUGGGGUUUCGGCGUAUAUCUUGUGCGUGAUCCCGAUUUCGAUAUUUGGGUUUACUUAUCUGCGGCUCUGGUUUGAGGUGGCUGUAGGGAAAGUGUUCAUGUAA